GCGCGCUUGGCGAGGCUGGGGGGCGGGGCCCGGGAGCUGCUGCGCCUGCGUUGUGGGCGUUCUCCCGGAGCAGCAGCUGCCGCCGCCGCCGCCACCACCACUACCACCACCACCACCACCGCCGCUGCUGCCGCCACCGCCACCGCCGUGUUCGGGUGUAGAAUUUGGAAUCCCUGCGUCUGGUUAACAAUGAAGCAGAGUUCGAACGUGCCGGCUUUCCUCAGCAAGCUGUGGACGCUUGUGGAGGAAACCCAUACCAACGAAUUCAUCACCUGGAGCCAGAAUGGCCAAAGUUUUCUGGUUUUGGAUGAACAAAGAUUUGCGAAAGAAAUUCUCCCCAAAUAUUUCAAGCACAAUAACAUGGCAAGCUUUGUGAGGCAACUGAAUAUGUAUGGUUUCCGUAAAGUUGUGCAUAUUGACUCCGGAAUUGUAAAGCAGGAAAGAGAUGGUCCUGUUGAAUUUCAGCACCCUUACUUCAAACAAGGCCAGGAUGACUUGUUGGAGAACAUUAAAAGGAAGGUUUCAUCUUCAAAACCAGAAGAAAAUAAGAUUCGUCAGGAAGAUUUAACAAAAAUUAUAAGUAGUGCUCAGAAGGUUCAAAUAAAACAGGAAACUAUUGAGUCCAGGCUUUCUGAAUUAAAAAGUGAGAAUGAGUCCCUUUGGAAGGAGGUGUCAGAAUUACGAGCAAAACAUGCACAACAGCAACAAGUUAUUCGAAAGAUUGUCCAGUUUAUUGUUACGUUGGUUCAGAAUAACCAACUUGUGAGUUUAAAACGUAAAAGGCCUCUACUUCUAAAUACUAAUGGAGCCCAAAAGAAGAACCUGUUUCAACAUAUAGUCAAAGAACCAGCUGAUAAUCACCAUCAUAAAGUUCCACAUAGUAGGACUGAAGGUUUAAAGCCAAGGGAGCGGAUUUCAGAUGACAUUAUUAUUUAUGAUGUAACUGAUGAUAAUGCAGAUGAAGAAAAUAUCCCUGUUAUUCCAGAAACUAAUGAGGAUGUUAUAUCUGAUCCCUCCAACUGUAGCCAGUACCCUGAUAUUGUCAUUGUUGAAGAUGACAAUGAAGAUGAGUAUGCACCUGUCAUUCAGAGUGGAGAUCAGAAUGAACCAGCUAGAGAAUCCCUAAGUUCAGGCAGUGAUGGCACCAGCCCUCUCAUGUCUAGUGCUGUCCAGCUAAAUGGCUCAUCUAGUCUGACCACAGAAGAUCCUGUGACCAUGAUGGAUUCCAUUUUAAAUGAUAACAUCAAUCUUUUGGGAAAGGUUGAGCUGUUGGAUUAUCUUGACAGUAUUGAUUGCAGCUUAGAGGACUUCCAAGCCAUGCUGUCAGGAAGACAGUUUAGCAUAGACCCAGAUCUCCUGGUCGAUCUUUUCACUAGUUCUGUGCAGAUGAAUCCCACAGAUUACAUCAAUAAUACAAAAUCUGAGAAUAAAGGAUUAGAAACUACCAAGAACAAUGUAGUUCAGCCAGUUUCAGAAGAGGGAAGAAAAUCUAAACCCAAAACAGAUAAGCAGCUUAUCCAGUACACUGCCUUUCCACUUCUUGCAUUCCUCGAUGGGAACCCUGCUUCUACUGUUGAACAGGGGAGUACAGCAUCAUCAGAAGUUAUGUCCUCUGUAGAUAAACCCAUAGAAGUUGAUGAGCUUCUGGAUAGCAGCCUAGAUCCAGAGCCAACCCAAACCUGAUGCAGAGGAGUAUGUGGCUUCUGAGUAUACAUUCAAGGAGGAAGAAAUUUGGCUUCCUGAAUCACUGCUUAGAAGAAAGCCACCUAUCAAUCUUGGACACCCAUUGUAGACUUCAGGUAUAAAACUCUAAGAAACUUCAUUUAUAAUACAAAAAAGUAUGAGAAUGGAAGAAUUUUGUUGUAGCAGUGUCAAUUCUCUGAAUUCCUUCAGAAUUACAUACCAGAACUAUUUUAUUAUGAUUUAUUAACUCUGGUGACUUUAGAUGAUCCUUCUAUUUCAGUGAAAGCAAAAAAAUAGAAACUACCUGAAUUGUAAAAGGACCUUUUUUCCCAAUGUCCUUCCUUCACACCAAUACUUAAAAAUUGUGUCUUUAUUGGAUAUUCAAGAGAUUUUAUCCAAAGUGCCUUGGUAAGAUUCAGAAUGCAUAAGAGGUACAUAUUUGUUAAAUGUGGAGAGUAAUCGCUAAGAGGGAUGGGGGAUGCCUUGAUGUCCUUUUGCAUCUUUUCGCACAGAUCCAAAUUGAGGAAGGAGUAACGUGAAAAUUGAAAAUCUGGAAAGUGAUUCCUCUAAAUACUCUCAUUUACCAGAGGAAGUCUGUAUACUGUCUGUAAAACAAUAUGAAGACUGUGGUAUAAAAGUAGGGCCAGAGGAGACAGCAUAGGACUUAGAGCAGCUGAAUGUUCCUUUAGGGUGGAUCAUGGUGUUUUUCAUAGGGAUGGUAUACUCAGGUGAUAAGUUUCAGUGUGAAAAUAGUCUGCAGACUAGGAAAUGGACCUAAUGAUACUGUGAUGAACAUAUGUAGAAUGUUACAUUUAAGAAUUAGAGCCUAAAUGUUCAUUUCAAGCACACAUGAAAUAUUUGAGAGUUGGUUGCAUAUUAGACCAUAAAGCAAAUCAACAAAUUUCAUGGAACUGGUGUCAGACUAACUACAGUACAAAUAAACUAGACCUUUACAGUUUUGAGGAGCACUGGCAUAAUAUUUUGUAGUGACCUUCAAUUUGGGAUUACCAUGCUUCUUCUCAUGAUUAGACAGAGGUUAUGGGUUUGGGAGUAAGAAAGAUCAGAGGUGAAGUGCCAUUUUCACCACUUAUCAGAAUAUCCUACUGGUUGUUUUUCUGGGAGAACCCUAAUAUGUUCAUUAAAAAAGGAACAAAAGUUCUCUUUAUCUUAGAACACAGAAAAUCAAAGGUGGGAGAAUAGAACAUCUGCUCAGUAAACGGGGAUGCUUUCAGAGCUGUCAUAGGGCAGUACUAAAAAGUGAACUGGCCUAGUGACAAGUUUAACAUAAAGGACUACAAAACAACUGACGUGUGUAAGGUAAGGUCUUUUAAAAAUUGAUAAAUUGAAGCCAAUCAAAAUUAAGUACUUUUGCUGUGCAAAAGACCCUGUUAAGAUGGAAAGACAAAGCUACAGGCUGGGAGAAAGUAUUUGCAAACCAUGUAUCUGAUAAAGGAUGAGUAUUUAGAAUAUAUGAACUCUCAAAACUCAACAAAUUAAACUGUCCAAUUAGAAAAUUGCCAAAAGGCAUGAACAUUUUACUGAGGACAUAUACAUGGCAAAUAAGCACAUGAAGAGAUACUCAACAUCACUAGCCAUUUGGGAAAGGCAAGUUAAAACAAUUGAGAUAACAAUGUUCUUAUCAUAACAGCUAAAAUAGGAGAUAGUGACAAAGGCUGGCAAGGAUGCAAAGAAAAUGAAUUGUUCAUACAUCAGUGGUGUGAAUAUGAAAUGGUACAGUGACUCUAAGUUUGGCAACUUGUAAAAUAAUCAUUUAACCCAUCCACCAAGAUUUCUCUCUUCAUCCCUGGUUCCAAAGACCACGAAUUCCCAUUUCUUUAUUUGCAUCAUUGAAAGCAUGUUAAUAUAAAUGAAAUGAUCCUUUGUAGCCUUUUGGGAUUGGCUGUUUUUACCCAGGAUACCUCCCUGGAGAUCCAGUCGAGUUGUUUUGUGUACCAAUAGUUUACUCUUGUCUUAUAGUUAGUAUUCCAUGAUACGGAUGUACCACUGUGUGUUUAAACAUUCACCAGUUGAGGGACUUCUGGGUUGUUGUUAGUCUGGGCUAUUGCAAAUAAAGUGAUAAACAUUCAGGUACAGGAUUCCGUGUGAACAUAAGAUUUUUCUGAAUAAAUGCCCAAGAAUUUUAUAGGCAUUGUCUUGCCCAUAAUAUUGGGGGAAUCAGACCAUUUCACUAAACCUUGGACUAAAUGGAAUAGAGUACUCAUUUACAAUUAUAUUCUUAUUCCCCCCUCCCUCCUUGGUAAGGGACUUUAAGUAGGCUUCAGCCCCACAUGGGGGCUUGAACUCAUGACCCUGAGCUCAAGACCUGAGCUGAGAUCAAGAGAUGGACGCUUAAGUGAGGCAUCCAGGCACCCCCCUGUAAGAGACUUUUUAAAUACCAUUUUGUGUCAGAAAGCACCAAUUUGCAACUUAGGAAAAAAUGCCUACAGGACACAGCAGGUGUAGAAUAGCUAUCUAAUCAAUUAAAUAUAUUCUCCAAAUUAAACUGGUCCACCCACUAAAGGUUCUUUAGGAGAACAUCACCUUAAUUACCUGAGAUCCAAUUUCAGGUGCCACUUACAGAGGACCAAAAAAGGGUGUGAUGUAACUACCACCUUUAAAACAAUUCAGUUUUUCAGGACACAAAAUGGACAGUUAACCUUCUUGUUUCAGGUUCUUUUAUACGCAGGAGGAAAAGUAGGUCUGAGUAUUACAGCCACCUAAAUUUGGGUUGCUAAAGAAUUAAUACACCACACCUUUGUCUUGAAUUCAUUUAUUUAGAGAUAGAACACAGCCAUUCAAAAUGAUGGAACACAGUAUCAACACCCAGAAUAAAGUUGGGGAAUUAAGUUGAAUUGUUCUAUAUUUCAUUUACAUUAAUAAAUACCUUAAAAGAAGCAAAUGUAGAUUUUAAGAUUCAUUAAGACACUAAUGAUGUGUACAAGUAACUAAGUUUCUAAGUUAACUGUCAUACUGCUUGAUUUUUCAGGUUGAAAGAUUAUCAUAAACUAUAUAUUUUAAUUAGAUGGCAGCAAAUACAAAAGCAUUUUAAAUAUCUUCUGAGCUGUAAAAUGUACUGUAAGCAGUUUAUAUUCUAUAGCAUUCUGUCAUUCUGGCCUCAGUUUAUGGGUAGAAGGCAAGCUGGACACCAGCAAAUAUAAAUUAUCCACCACUAAUGAGGUAUAAAAUCUAUUAUGCAUGUAUUUGAAUAGAAGUUAUUUUUAAGUGCCAAAAAAUGCCAGCUAUUUUUGGGAAACCUGGGAUUUCCCAGCUUGGCCACAGAUUAGAAAUCUGAGCUUCAGUUUCUUCUUACUUAUAAAAUGAAGGUUUGGAUGAGAUUUUAUCUAAGUGUCUCCUCAAGCCUAGUAUAUUGCAGUUUCUUCCUGUCCUAUCAAAAGUUUACCACUUUCGAUUUUAAAAAUGGACGUUCACAGUCAUUUUCAACAACUGCCUUCUAACCCAUGAUUAUCAUUUUCAAAAGCUUUGUCUAAAUCCUUCAGAGUUCUAACAUCUCCAAUGAACCUAUACUUCUGCAUAUGUUCAUAAUAACCAAAACGAAGUUCACUAUGUUUGUAUGAAAGGCUAUCCCUACACAGGGAAGAUUACAGCCUAUUUGGGUAUUCAAUUUAGUAACCCACCACUACCAAUCUUUCUCUGAAGGCUCCUGUGUCUCAAUCUCCAUCAUAAUCUACAGGGAAAACCUGAAAAGAUUAUUCAGACAACUGGCAUUUAAGUGACUUGCUUACACAAUUUUACAAUAGCCACGUUCUUUGCAGUCUCUUGUAGGGCAAGGCAUCAAACAUUUCAAAAGGCAGCCAUACAUUUCCUUUUAUACUUUCUAAAACAGCUUAGAUAGCAGAAUUUAAAAAUCAAACUGUCAAGCAGUUUUAUUUUUACUCUUAACUUCACAGGCAUAGAACUAAGGAUAAACCUAACAAUGUCCACUUUUCCUAACUCACCAACAGAUUCCUAAAUCUCUCCCUUUGUGAUUCAUUCUAACACAUAUAUCAAUGCACAUGGCAAGAAUAUAAUGAAUAAAAUGGCAAGCGAUAAAAUCUAAUUCAUGC